UUUCAAGUCACCCCCGGCUGAAACCCUGCCUGAUUUGUGGGCAAUGUUGGGGAUGUAGAAAAAAAAGGAAACCGGAGCAAAGAGAGCGCAAGGGAGAGAUAGGGAGACAACACUAACUGGGUAGCUAUGGAGAUAGUAGGUUUUCCUGGUAGCUUUCUUUGACAGGUGUCGAGUGGGAUAAAAUAAAGUAUCAGAACAUCCUCCAAGAUGUACGGCAAGGGUAAAGGAGCUGUGGUCCCCUCCGAUAGCCAAGCAAGAGAAAAGUUAGCGUUAUACGUGUACGAAUACCUGCUACAUGUGGGAGCACAGAAAUCCGCACAGACCUUCCUGUCUGAGAUUCGAUGGGAGAAGAAUAUUACAUUAGGGGAGCCUCCCGGAUUCCUCCAUUCGUGGUGGUGCGUAUUCUGGGAUUUGUAUUGUGCGGCUCCAGACCGGAGGGAGACGUGCGAGCACUCCAGUGAGGCAAAGGCCUUCCAUGACUACAGCGCAGCGGCAGCGCCCAGCCCCGUGAUGGGCAACAUGCCCCCAAACGACUCCAUGCCAGGUGGUCCCAUGCCCCCAGGCUUCUUCCAGGGACCACCCGGCUCUCAGCAGUCCCCCCACGCACAGCCCCCCCCACACAACCCCAGCAACCCCAUGAUGGGACCCCAUGGCCAGCCUUUCAUGUCACCACGGUAUCCAGGUGGACCGCGUCCCCCACUCCGAAUGCCAAAUCAGCCUCCGGGGGGAAUCCCUGGAUCUCAGCCUCUCCUGCCAAACAGUUUGGACCCGACAAGACCGCAAGGACAUCCUAACAUGGGUGGACCUAUGAGGAUGAAUCCUCCUCGAGGAAUGGCCAUGGGCCCACAGAAUUAUGGAGGUAUGAGGCCUCCUCCCAACUCUAUGGGCGGUCCCAUGCCAGGAAUGAACAUGGGUCCCGGAGGAAGAGGGCCUUGGCCAGGACCUAAUGCCAACUCUAUAGCCUACUCCUCCUCAUCUCCAGGAAACUAUGUGGGUCCUCCAGGAGGAGGAGGUCCACCUGGAACUCCCAUCAUGCCCAGCCCAGGUGAUUCGACCAACUCCAGUGAAAACAUCUAUACGAUGAUGAAUCCUAUCGGACCGGGAGGCAACAGACCCAAUUUCCCUAUGGGACCUGGGCCUGACGGGCCAAUGGGACCUAUGGGAGCCAUGGAGCCACACCACAUGAACGGAUCACUAGGGUCUGGGGAUAUGGACGGGUUGCCAAAGAGCUCCCCUAAUAACAUGGGGGGCAUGAACAACCCUCCUGGAACGCCGAGAGAUGACGGCGAAAUGGGCGGGAACUUCUUGAACCCAUUCCAAAGCGAAAGUUAUUCACCCAACAUGACGAUGAGUGUGUGAUUUUAUUUUUUUUCCUCUUUUUGUAUUUUUCUUAAUUUCCCCUCCUUUUUUGUACCCCUACACCUGAUUUUUUUUUUUUUUUCUUUUUUUUUCUUUCUUCAUUCAAUCCUUACUCACAUCGGAUUGGACACAUCUCCUCCUCACACACAUCCUUUGCUCCCCCCCACCCCAUUGGAUCCGCUAUCCCCCCCCCCCCCCCCUGCAAUUUACCUUCUCACUUGGGAACUCUAUGGCCACGCAGCCUUCUGGGACAGCCCUUGAGCAUGCUGGAACUCUAAUUAAGACGGGCCCUCCCGGAGCAUGCAAGAUGGCCGCCGGUCUGAAUAGGAAGCAGUCACAGAGCAACAGGAAGAGCCUCCUCUCUGACUCCGGCCCCCGCCUCCCUGGCUUUCUGUCAGGUUCUAGACAAUGAGCGAGGGAAGGAGGACAAACAGAGAGAAAGUGGAAGAGAGGAGACUGGAUAACACACCCUCCCAUGAGGACAGGUUUUUAAACCGCUGCCUGGAAGCUUCUCAACCGCAACUUUGGACAUUUUGUUUAGUUGCCUUUCCUCCCCGAUUCAGUUGAGGGUCAGAUGAAACUAUCCCCUUUCCCCCCCCACAUUGGGACUUUCUGUGUGUACAUUUUUUACAGAGGUGGUGUGAUGAUCAGUAAACUCUCCCCCCACCCCCUAUUUCUUUGUGUAUGUAUUGUAUCAUUGCUAUUUUUAUUAUUGUAAUAUUGUUAUUAAUGAUAUUGAUCAUUUUAAGAUUAGGUUCUAAUUUCUGUUGUUUCUAAGGGCACAUUAUUAUGAUGAAGACAGCACAUGUGCACACAAAUUAGACAUUAUGUGCUGUGUAGCAUGUGGCUAAAUGUUAGCACACUGCCCCUGCAGGUAAGACGUUAUCCAUCUAGGUACUGAUUGGCCCUCUUUUUUGUUUUUUUGUUUUUUGUUUUGAAUUUCAGCAGCCAUCUAAAUUUUUAACUGCUUGUUCAAUAAUCCAAACCAGAAGAAGAAGCAGCUCCUGUUUUAGUAGCUUCCAUGCAGUGAAAUGCACAGCUCUAUUUAUUUAUGUACUUUAAAUUUGUCUUAUGAAUCAUUGUUACGUUUUAUUUUUUUUAAGUGUUAUCCCUGGUUUUUUGUUAAUUGCAGAACUAGUAGCAACUGUGUAAAUAUGCAGAUCCGGUCAUCAGCGUCUCCUCAUCUCCGCGUGACAUCCUUAGACCCCCUCCUCUUUCUGAGCCCUGAAGGUGCCGACG